AUGAAAACCACCGGAGCGCCGCCGCAUAGAGGUGGCUCCCCCUCCUCUGCCGCUUACUUUUACCGGUCUUCAUCAUCUUCCUCAGCUAGCUGUAGAGUUCUCGUUGUGAAGAUGGGAGGAAAAAGCAAGAGUCCUCAAUCUCCCUCUUCUAAGGAUUCAGAGCCAGAACCACCAAGAAUCAAAUCGAAUGUGAAGCAUAACUUGCAGCUUCUCAAGCUAUGGAAGGCAUGUAGUAGUGAGUUUCAGAACAGAGGAUCUGGCUCGGCAAAGCCAGCAACUAGUUACAGGAAGAAGAAAGUAGAAAAAGACGAGUUACCGGAUGAUACCGAGCUCUACCGUGAUCCUACAAAUACACUUUACUACACGAACCAGGGUCUGUUGGACGAUGCAGUUCCGGUUUUGCUUGUUGAUGGUUAUAAUGUGUGUGGGUAUUGGAUGAAGUUAAAGAAACAUUUCAUGAACGGUAGGCUUGACGUUGCUCGCCAAAAGUUAGUUGAUGAACUUGUGUCCUUCAGUAUGGUUAAAGAGGUUAAGGUAGUGGUUGUGUUUGAUGCUCUCAUGUCUGGUCUCCCUACUCACAAGGAAGACUUUGCUGGUGUUGAUGUGAUUUUCUCCGGAGAAACUUGUGCUGACUCUUGGAUUGAAAAGGAGGGAGCUUAUGUUUGGAGUAGCAAGGCAUUGGUUUCUGAGAUCAAAUCAAUGCAUAAGGAGGUUGAGAAAAUGAUGCAGGAAACAAGGUCAACAUCUUUCCAAGGGAGAUUGCUGAAACACAAUCUUGAUUCUGGAGUCGUUGAUGCGUUAAAAGAUCUAAGAGACAAAUUAUCGGAAAACGAAUCAAAGAGAUGA